CAAAUUCAAAGUUUUAUAUUUCUUACAAUGAACACUGAACUUUCUCCUGGCUUGGCUGUGACAGUUAGUUCGAGUUCCUCGGUGUGGAUUAUCGCAAAUCAAAGUGAUGUGAUUUUUGUUCGAAAGGUGCAUUCCUCCUAGGGCAGUAACAGUUCAUAGGAAGGUCAACAAAAGACAAUAAAAAAAGACACUAAAAUGGCGUUUGCAUCAAUGGCAGGAAAAAUAAAGGUGCUCAAUACCCGGCAUCCAAUGAUAAAGGGAAUGGUUUCAUAUGCGUUACUCUGGCCAUGUGGGAGUGCUAUUCAGCAAGUAAUGGAAGGAAAAACACUUGAAACCUUUGACUGGAAAAGAUGCUUUCGGUUUGGUGUGUAUGGUGCUUUUGUUGUAGCCCCAAUGCUUCAUGGAUGGGUGCGUUUAUCAAGUACAAUGUGGCCUGCCACAAGUUUAAAAAUUGGUCUCAUUAAAGCGGCUGUAGAGCAGGUCUCUUAUGGUCCAUUUGCAAUGUCAUGCUUUUACAUUGGCAUGAAUUUAUUAGAGUUCAAAAGUCUUGAAGAUGGUAUUCAUGAACUUCAACACAAGUUUUGGCCAACUUUCAAGACUGGUAUUUGUGUAUGGCCAAUUGUACAAACAAUAAACUUUUCUAUGAUACCUGAACGAAAUCGAGUAGUUUUUGUGAGCAUUAUAAGUGUGCUUUGGACUACAUAUUUAGCUUAUAUGAAAUCCUUGGAUGACACAAAAGUAUUACAAUCCACACCAUUGACGGCAGUGUUAAAGACAGAAUUGAAUUAAAAACCACCGAAAUUUUUUUUAUUUUAUUUGUUUUUUUUUUUUGUUUAUUUGGCUUAACAUAAUUUAGAUGUUAAUAAAAUCUAGAGUCAAUUUAUAGUUAAAGAUUGACAAAUUGCCUAUUAGAGAUCUUUUGUGUUUUAAGCCCGGACAGAAAUAAGUACAAUAAAAUUAUUAUGGUUUCAGUUAAAAAAGUUAAUAAUAAAUUAUAUUUAUACGAAUGUUAUAUAUUAUGUAAGUUUUUAAAAUAAUAGAACAAUUUAUAACAA